AGUUGUGACUAGCGCCAGUCAGGAGGAAAUACUCAAAAUCUUAUCUUCUCAUCAAAUAUUAAUCUUCCUCUUACUAUUUUAGCUUGGUUUUAAAGAAAUCUGCAUUUCAUCUUUAUGCUUAAAACAGCAAGAAAUAGGGGUUGUUGUUUAUUUUUUAUUUCUCUAGGUUUUUUACAGCUACAUUAUUGCUGAUAAGUGGGUCUGUGCGAGCUGAUCAAGUAGUGAGACAAGCAUUCAGAGCAGCGGCAGCAGCACAGCAGCAGCGCUGUAGUCACAAGGAGCCGUGGCAGAGAAGCAGCAGCAGCACUAUCAGUCACAGCGCAGGCAGCAGCAGAGACAGCAGCAGCAACAAACUCUCUCCCGUCUUCCCCCCCCUUCUUUCUGGAGUUGUAUCCCGCUUCGAGGACAAAAGCUGGGGAAGUAGGAGGGAAGUGAUCCAGGGCUUAAAGCUGCCAUCAAGAAGAAACAAACAAAACAAAAAAAGAAAAAAAAACGCAGACCUGGCUGCCCACAUGCCUAUCGAAUUUGUUUGCAAAAUCAAAUUUGCAGAAGAGGAUGAGAAGCAGAAAAGCAAGCAAGAUGGGGAUAAGGAGAGCCUGAUCGAGGAGAGCUGCACGCCGGCGGCCAAAGACUUGGCAGGGUUUGCUAACUCUUGCUCCCUCCAUGGGAUCAACCACAUCUUCGUCUCUGGCCGCCUGGGCAUCCGGCAGACUCUCUGGGCUCUUGCUUUCUUGACUUCUUUGGCACUCUUCCUGUACCAAGCAGCCAAGUGUGCCAUCUCUUACCUGGAGCAUCCUCAUGUGACGGCUCUGAAUGAGGAGGCAACACCUGAGAUGGUCUUCCCUGCUGUGACCAUCUGCAACAUCAACCGAUUCCGCUUCUCGGCUCUCACAGAUGCAGACAUCUAUCACCUGGCAAACUUGACGGGUCUGCCUCCCAAGAACCGGGAUGGACACAAACCAACUGAUUUGAUGUAUCCUGCACCCGAUAUGCAGGACAUCUUCAACAGGACAGGACAUCAGUUGGAGGAGAUGCUGAUGAGCUGUAAUUUCAGUGGGCAGAACUGCUCAGUUGAGGACUUCUCUGUGGUGUACACCAGAUAUGGGAAAUGCUACACUUUUAAUGGCAACAAGACAACAUCCAAAAAGACCAAACAGGGUGGAAUGGGAAAUGGGCUGGAGAUCAUGUUGGAUAUCCAGCAGGAUGAGUAUCUGCCCAUCUGGAGAGAGACAAAUGAGACGUCCCUGGAGGCCGGCAUCCGAGUUCAGAUUCACAGUCAAGACGAGCCUCCCUACAUCCACCAGCUGGGCUUCGGCGUCUCCCCUGGAUUCCAGACCUUUGUUUCAUGUCAGGAGCAAAGGCUGACCUACCUGCCCCAGCCCUGGGGGAACUGCCGCUCCACCAGCAAAGAGAAGUUCCCAGGAUACGACACGUACAGCAUCAGCGCCUGCCGCCUGCUCUGCGAGACCAAUGAGGUCAUGCGUGUGUGCAACUGCAGAAUGGUGCACAUGCCUGGAACUGCAGAUAUUUGCCCUCCCAGUAAAAUCACCUGUGUUGACAAGGCACUCGCUCAACUACAGAAGAACAGUGGAGAUAUCUGUCCAUGUGAGACACCCUGUAAUCUAACACGCUAUGGCAAAGAGCUGUCCAUGGUUAAAAUCCCCAGCAAGGGCUCUGCUCGCUAUCUCUCCAGGAAGUAUGACAAGUCAGAGGACUACAUCAGAGACAACUUCUUAGUAUUAGAUAUUUUCUUUGAAGCACUAAACUACGAAACGAUUGAGCAAAAGAAGGCAUACGACGUUGCAGGUUUAUUAGGUGACAUUGGUGGACAAAUGGGUUUAUUCAUCGGUGCCAGCAUCCUGACUGUCUUAGAAAUACUGGAUUACAUCUAUGAGCUGAUCAAGCAUCGGCUAAAGCGUCUGCUGAGACCGCAGAAAGAAGAGAAGAAGAAUACCCAGCCGACCACAACUGUUGCAACUGUGGGUCUGGAAGAAAUAAAAGCAAAGGAGCCCAAUGACACGACACGGAGUCACCCAGAGGGGGCGUACGCCAACACCAUCCUCCCUAACCACCACAUCCCUCACCCUCACCCACACCCUCACCCUCUUCCUCCUCCUCAGCCUCAUCCUCCUCCUCAUCCCCCUCCUCACCAUCAUCGCCCAGGACACCGCGGGGUGUUUGAGGACUUUGCUUGCUAAAGCAAACAUUUGUUUCCAGUCCUGGUGACAAAAUAAGACAGGAACUUUCUGUGUUGAGACAACAGACUCCUCCCCUUCGCCCCUCUGCAUCUCCGUUGUUUAUUUGCUCUCACCAGUGAAAAGCUACGGCCAAAGUCAAAAACACCAAACUUGUGCUGCUAACAAGCCACGUGUACAGUAUAGGCACAAAUCAGACACGGCUUCUUUUCUUCAUAUUUUUCAUUUUUUUCUUGCUUUGAUCUGAAUGGGAAACAGUCCUAACUCAGCAUCACUUUGACUCUGACAUAUUGGGACUACGGGACCAACUCUCUGGUUCAUGAUCACUACCAAGGAGGAGAAAUGGCCGUCACGGUGAUCCAGUUUAUUCUUUAUUCAGUUGGCAUCUGUUUAAAUUAUUGAUAUUAUUACGUCUGUGUUCCUAAAUUUACUCAGACUUCAUGAAAACUGUACCAAACCAUUGCACAUGAUAAAUUAUGUAAUUAUUUAACAAAAUACUAUUAUCUGUCUGUUCUGUAUUGUACACAAGAUAACAGUACUUGGGUAAGCCAGCCUUGUUGGUGUUAAACCAUCCAAAGCGUGAUGGGCUUGUUUAGGCUUUGAAGAGCUAGCGGCAUCUUUCCACUUGAAACAUUCUGUCUGGUUUGUGGUUAAGGUGUUAGAGAGUAGCAGCAUACCUGUACAUAAAUCAGAAAAUCCUACAAGGUUUGUUUUAAUGGUUGUUGUUUAUAUUUACUUUCUAUAUAACUUACGUAUUAUUAGUUUAAAUCAUCUAUAAAUUUUUUAAUGAAAAUAACGAUUACGAUUGUAGCAGCUACUGCACAGCAGAUGCACCCGACUCCAGGACAUUUCCCAAUUGUCUCAAAUUUACAGUGCAGCACAAAAGUAUUCAUGACCCCUUGCAGUUUUUUUAUGUUUCCUUAAAUUACAACCACCAAAAAAAAUGUUAUAAUAGUGGUGUUUUUCAUUGGGUUUUUCAGUGAGAGGCAUAACAGAGUCGUGCACAGUUGUGUUUUCCAUCAUUCUGAUUAGCUAAAGAGAAGAAUCAAGGGUCCAGGGUGUUUAAUAGAGCUCCUUUCUGCCACACUCAGCAUUUUGCAUGCAGGCAAAAAAGUUCUUCUUCUGUUUCCUGUAUUUGUUCAACGUCCUGAGGUGGUUAAAGUAUCCAAAAACUGUACCCACGUAAGAGCAAUACUACUUCAUCAUAUUUUUAUUUAAGUACGAAUAAAAAGUAACCAUCUAAGAAAUCACUCAUGUCAGAGUAUAAAAAAUUGCCCAUACUGGGACAAAUAAAAGCUACUGAACUGAAAAGGUAUUUGGUAGAAAAGGGGAGUAACUCUUUAUAACUGGCUAAAAUUUAUGUAAUAAAUGAACAAAAGUUAUGUGCAAAAUUCUGGUCUUUUAAAGACUAUAAUAAAAUAAUGAAAACAGACAAAGAAUGUAACUUAAAAAUUAAAUUUCCUGCCAAAAAAUAAAAGCAC